AGCUUCUGCCUGGAGCCACCGGGGAGGCAGAGGUUUGAGAUGGUAGCUUGCGUGUUGGGAGCUGGUGAAGAAGCCGAGUGAGCACGCGGUGGGGGAGCCAGACGUCGGGAGGCAUGUCUUCAGGGGCUCGAUAGGCGAGCGUCAAAAGAGUGAAAAGGCCUCGACUUUGGCCUGGCGUUGCGGAUAGAGAGCUGGCGGAAAGCAGGAAGACCUGUAUUCAAAUUCUGCCUGUGAGGAAUGCUGGCUGUGUGACACUGGACAAGUCGUUUAACCUCUCAGUGCCCCAGAGCACUGCCCCUAGAGAGGGGAUUGGGAGUGGUGCCAUAUUUCAUUAUGGCAGAAGAAAAGAAACUAAAGUUAAGCAACACUGUGUUGCCCUCAGAGUCAAUGAAAGUUGUGGCAGAAUCCAUGGGCAUUGCUCAAAUGCCUGAAGAGACCUGCCAGCUAUUAACAGAUGAAGUUAGCUAUCGUAUUAAGGAGAUUGCACAGGAUGCCCUGAAAUUUAUGCAUAUGGGGAAGCGGCAGAAGCUCACAACAAGUGAUAUAGACUAUGCCCUGAAGUUGAAGAAUGUUGAACCUCUGUAUGGGUUUCAUGCCCAGGAAUUCAUCCCAUUCCGGUUUGCCUCUGGUGGGGGCCGGGAACUUUAUUUCUAUGAGGAGAAAGAGGUUGACUUGAGUGACAUCAUUAACACUCCCCUACCCCGUGUCCCACUUGAUGUCUGCCUCAAAGCUCACUGGCUGAGUAUUGAGGGUUUUCAGCCCGCUAUCCCAGAGAACCCACCCCCAGCCCCCAAAGAGCAGCAAAAGGCUGAAGCAACAGAGCCCUUGAAAUCUGCAAAGCCAGGACAGGAAGAGGAUGGACCACUGAAAGGCAAAGGUCAAGGAGCUGUAUCAGCAGAUGGUAAAGGGAAAGAAAAGAAAGCUCCACCCCUGCUGGAGGGUGCCCCACUGAGACUGAAGCCCCGGAGUAUCCAUGAGUUGUCUGUGGAGCAGCAACUGUACUACAAGGAGAUAACUGAGGCCUGUGUAGGGUCAUGUGAGGCCAAGAGAGCGGAAGCUCUCCAGAGCAUUGCUACAGACCCUGGACUUUAUCAGAUGCUGCCAAGGUUUAGCACUUUCAUCUCUGAGGGGGUACGUGUGAAUGUUGUUCAGAAUAAUUUGGCCCUACUUAUCUACCUGAUGCGAAUGGUGAAGGCUCUGAUGGAUAAUCCAACACUGUACCUGGAGAAAUAUGUACACGAGUUGAUUCCUGCUGUGAUGACUUGUAUUGUGAGCCGACAGCUGUGUCUUCGACCGGAUGUAGAUAAUCACUGGGCACUCAGGGAUUUUGCAGCUCGCCUAGUAGCUCAGAUCUGCAAACAUUUCAGUACAACUACCAACAACAUCCAGUCCCGGAUCACAAAGACCUUCACUAAGAGCUGGGUAGAUGAGAAGACUCCCUGGACUACCCGCUAUGGCUCUAUCGCUGGCCUGGCAGAACUUGGGCACGAUGUCAUUAAAACACUGAUUCUACCAAGGCUCCAGCAGGAAGGUGAGCGGAUUCGAAGUGUCCUAGAUGGCCCUGUGUUGAGCAACAUUGAUCGGAUUGGAGCUGAUCAUGUGCAAAGCCUCCUUUUGAAACAUUGUGCCCCAGUGCUGGCAAAGCUACGGCCGCCACCAGAUAAUCAGGAUGCUUUUCGGACAGACUUUGGUUCCCUAGGACCUCUUCUGUGCUCUCAUGUGGUCAAGGCCCGGGCACAGGCUGCCCUACAAGCCCAGCAGGUUAACAGGACCACACUGACCAUCACACAGCCCCGGCCUACACUGACACUCUCCCAGGCCCCCCAGUCAGGCCCUCGAACCACUGGGCUGCUGAAGGUUCCUGGCUCCAUUGCAUUACCUGUUCAGACACUGGUGUCUGCAAGGGCUGCGGCGCCCCCCCAGCCUUCCCCACCUCCAACCAAGUUCAUAGUCAUGUCAUCUUCCUCUGGUGCCUCAUCUUCACAACAGGUCCUGUCUCUUAGCACGGCAGCCCCUGGCUCUGGCUCUACCACUACCUCUCCUGUCACCACCACAGUCCCCAGUGUCCAGCCUAUUGUGAAGUUAGUCUCCACUGCAGCAGCAGCCCCUCCUAGCCAAGCCCCCUCAGGGGCAGGCAGUGUCCAGAAAUACAUUGUUGUAUCUCUUCCACCAUCUGGGGAAGGCAAGGGAGGGCCAGCUUCCCACGCUUCUCCAGCUCCUCCUCCAUCGUCUUCUUCCCCUUCUCCCCUUGGGGGUGGCUCCCUUUCUGGAGGAAAACAGGAUAUUGGGGAUAGCCCCCCUCCAGCUCCUGGUACUCCUAAGGCCAAUGGUUCACAUCCCUCUAGUUCCAGCUCUCCUCAGCCUACCCCCUGAAGGCUUCAUACAAAGGCUUCUACAAAAUGGUAUUCUCACAUUCAAAUACAAAUUCUCAUUAAUGUUAUUACAUUUUGAUUCGGGGUAAGGAGUAGUCACCUCUCCCCAUCAGCUGUCUUCAGAUAUGUCCCACUGUACAGACCCCUCCCCAAAAUAAAACAGUUCAGUUUGUAACCACA